AUGACGGUCUCACCGCCAGCUUCGCCGGGCCCUGCCCCGCGACCCAUCAGUGCCAUGAUGCGCACUCCACGCAGUAGCAGUCGCAUGAGCAUGAGCAGUAAACAAGGUGGAAGUCGAGCUUCUGAUGAAGAUGGAAAGACCGCCGUCAAAGUUGCUGUUCGUGUGCGACCGCCAUUAAAACCAACGGACCCCGGCUACGAAUUGAUUCCUCAGCGAUUCCAACGUUCCAUGGUCCAUGUCACAACCCCAACAAGCUUAGCCGUGGAUGUCCCUCAGGGGCGCAAACUGUUUGUUUUCGAUCGCGUCUUCCCCGAGACGGUCGACCAGGAUGGAGUAUGGGAAUACUUAAGCGACAGCGUCAACUCCUUUCUCCAGGGGUACAAUGUAUCUAUUCUGGCCUAUGGUCAGUCUGGUGCUGGAAAGUCCUAUACGAUGGGCACAUCAGGCCCAAAUGAGCAGGGCCAUGAUCAAGCAAUGGGUAUUAUUCCCCGUGCAGCACAACUCUUGUUCGACUCGCUGGAUGGGCCAGCUAAGCACAACCGAAAUGGCUCCAGCUCGACCGGCCUGCGAACACCUCAGCGAUAUUCGAUGAGCUCAGCUUCAAGCUUUGGGAAAUUGCCCAACUUUGAGAAGACGUGGCAAUUGAAGGCCACCUACGUCGAGAUCUACAACGAGCACCUCCGCGAUUUGCUGCUGCCCGAUUCGACAGCCACCACCGACCGGAGUACAGUAUCCAUCCGCGAAGACGCCAAGGGACGCAUUCUUCUCACUGGCCUGCAUCAGGUCAACAUCAACAGCUUCGAUGAUCUGAUUGGAGCUUUGAACUUUGGUUCUGCCAUUCGUCAGACCGAUUCCACCGCAAUCAACGCCAAGUCGUCCCGAUCGCACGCAGUCUUCAGCUUAAACCUUGUCCAGCGAAAGGCCUCCCCUGCUGCACCCACCUCGCCUCAAGAAAAGCGCCUUUCUAUGCCUGUUGACAGCUUCUCCAACGGCGAGUCUGUGACCGUGGAUAGUAAGCUUCAUUUUGUUGAUUUGGCGGGUAGCGAACGGUUGAAGAAUACCGGAGCCUCUGGUGAGCGUGCCAAGGAAGGUAUCUCCAUCAAUGCUGGUCUCGCCGCCCUGGGCAAGGUUAUCUCCCAGCUAUCCUCUCGCCAAUCCGGCUCUCACGUGUCUUAUCGGGACUCAAAACUCACCCGACUCCUACAAGAUUCAUUAGGUGGAAACGCUAUCACCUACAUGAUUGCUUGUGUCACUCCCGCAGAGUUCCACUUGAGCGAGACACUUAACACUGUCCAGUACGCCCAGCGCGCGCGAGCAAUUCAGAGCAAGCCCCGUAUUCAGCACGUCGCGGAUGAUAGUGAUAAGCAAGCCCUGAUCGAUCGCCUAAAGGCCGAGGUGGCUUUCCUUCGCCAGCAGAUUCGCAACUCAGAGGGUCCGGAUCGUCGCGAAGCAGUAUCUACCGAGCGCAGCGAGCGCAAGAAUGAGCGAGAGAUCCAACUUCAGAAUCAACUUCUCGAUGUCCAGGAGAGCUACAACGCUCUGAGCCAGCGCCACACCAAGCUGAUUUCGACUUUGGCUAGCGAUUCCGAGACCGGCAAUGGAGAGACGGACCAGGCGACUGCGGACCUUGGAAAUGACUCCAUUGAACGGAUGCAGCGCUCGCGAUCAUUCGCCGAAUCUGUUGAGCAAGUCGUUCUCGAGUACGAGAAGACUAUACAGAGUCUGGAAGCUUCUCUUUCUGAUACCCGCUCUUCCCUGGCUAGCUCUGAAAGCACUCUCCUGGAGCGUGAAACCAAGUGUACUUACGUCGAAACAGUCAACGCUCAACUUCAGUCUCGCGUCCAGAAACUUUUGGAUAGGGAGGUCAGCAACGAGACCUAUCUGCAUGAAUUGGAAUCUAAGCUGGAUGGGGCUUCUACUGGAGAAGAGAAGCAUGCUGCAAUCGUGGCCGAGCUGCGCAAGGAGCUUAGCCGUGCCCGUGAAAAUGAGGGAAGCUGCGAAGAAUAUAUCUCUACCUUGGAGGACCGCCUUGCUGAGUCUGAUCAGGACAUGGAGUUGAUGCAGCGGGAAGUUAUUCGACUGGAGCAUGUUAUCCACCGUCAGCGGGGACUGGGAACGUUGGAUAACCUCCUUCAUGACCUGGAUAACCGACACAACCUUCCCGAUGAAUUUGCAGGUGCCAACGGCAAUGCUAAUAUCCACAGCGUACCUGUUAAAUUCUCCCACAAGCAUACUCCAUCUUUGGAUGUUUUGAACGAAGCUGCAGAAACAGCUAUUCCCGAAUCCGAUGAAGACCUUGUCGAGCCGAUUCCCGAGGAAGAGGAGGUUGUACCCCAGAUAGAGGAAACCUCCGCGACAUCUAGUGAUGACCUUCAAGUUCUGGAGACCGCUACCAGCCGCCUUGAAGCUCGACGCUCCGAGGCCCUCCGCGAGGAGCCUAUUCACAGCCCUGCUCAAUCCAAGUUCGUUGCUGACAAACUGGAGACUGUUACGCAGGAGCUUUUUGAUCUGCGUAUCAACCAUGAGACUACAUUGAGCGACUACGAGAGCCUUGAGUCUAAAUACGAAGAGGUCUUGAAAGCCCUCAAUGAGCUUCGCCAGGACAAGGCUGAUGAAGCCCGGCAUCCUGCCCCAUCCACUCAGAACGCGGCUUCGCGUCCUGUGUCUUUUUUAGAGAAUGGAGACGCUCUGACCUCGAAACGUGGAGCACAACAUUCAUUCUCGCAAUCGCUGUCUUCGGAAUUGUCCUCGGCAGGUGGCUCGCCUGCUUUGCGCGAGUCUUCUGAAACCUCUAAAUUAGAGACUGAUUCAAUGGCCUCGACAACUGUUACCUCCACUGCUACUACAGUUCAGCAGGAGAACGAGGAGGUUGAGGAGAUGCGCAAAAUCCUUGCUGAGCACAAGUCGGGUGCUGAUCUGAUGACUCAGAAGUACACCGAGUUGCAGACAGAGCACGAGGAGAUGCUGACGCUCGUUGAUAAGCUGAAGGCCGAGGCCGAGGCUCAGCGCACCAAGUCCAGCUCCCCCACCACUCCCGGAUUCAAAAUGAUUCGCCGAAUGACUAGCCAAAACCUUCUGUCUGGUGUCGACCGUGCCCAUCGUUCGCUUACUGCACUGCGAACUCUUGCCAAUGAAGAGUUCGCCGAGAAGCCCGACACCUUCCUGAGUUUUGAGACUCAUCUCGAUGCUACUAUGCACGAACUUGCUACUCGCAUGGAGCGUCUCCAGUCUCUUGAGGCAGAGAACCAGAGCGUGAAGAGGGAGAUGGAAAUGAAGGCCACUAUUAUCUCUGGUCUCACUCGUGAACGAUCCAGCUUAUCGGGCGCUUCAUCCGUCGACAUGGCUCUUGUCAACCAGCUUCGUGACCAGGUCGUCAACCAAGAGAUUCAGAUCAACGAACUUCGCGAAGCUCACGAAGUCCGUGAGAAGCAGCUUCUCAGUGAGAUUGAAACUCUCAAUGCUCUGCUGAAGAGCCAGGAGGUUGCUACCAAGGCUUUGGACGCUGGCGCCGAAGUGCAAGACAAGAAGAUUGACGUCUUGGAGGGUGAACUGACUGAGUGGAAGGGCAAGCACCAGACUGCUCUUCAGUCCCUAAAGUCCUCUGAGAAGCAACUCUCUACUACACUGGCUGAGCUCGAGGGUGCAUUGGCUUCUGUUGAGGCUAUGCGCACCGCUGCUUCUUCUACUGACGGCAGUGUCGACCGCGAGGCACACGCACAGGAACUCGAAAGUGAGCGGGCCAAGCAGCAAGAGCUUGUGAAUGGCUUAAACAAGGAGAUCGACAGUCACAAGGCGACUAUGGCCACCCAAUUGGAGACCAUUGCUGCCUUGGAGAAGUCGCAACAAGAGCAGCUGGCCGCACAGCAAACUGACUCAGAUGUGGCCGCUGGCUCGGCUGAUGCCAAUGCCGCUAAAAUGACCGAGCUUGAGCAGCAAAUUGCGUCACACAAAGCUGCCAUCGACUCUCACAAGUUGGAUCUGGUCUCGCUUCAAGAAACACACACACGAGAGUUGGAUGAGUUGGAGGAACGCGCCAAGUCCGCUGCUCAGGCUGAGCACGAGUCUAAGCUUUCCGAGAAGGAUGCUCACUAUGAUCAGUCCAUGGCGGCCCUGCAGAAGGACAUUGCAGAGUCCCGUGAUGAACUUGUCAAGCUGCUCAGCGCUGUUUCUGGCUUGCUGAACUCUGAUGUCACAGCUGCGACUCUGUCAGACCAGAUCGAGGAUAUCCUCGCCCAAAAGCAGCACUUCUCUGACAAGUAUUCUGAGCUGAUGGACACCAACGAGGAUCUCCGCAAGCAGCUCGAUAACAGCAGUUCUAACAGCGCCGAGUUCGAGGAACUCACAAAGAAGAGUACCGUACAGGAUGCCAAGGUUAACGAGCUGGCUCUCUUGGUUGCUACACUGGAGGAUGCUCUUCUUCAAAAGGAUGAGCAGGUCAAGAAGAAGGAGGCUCUUGUCGAGGAGAUUGAGCUUGAGAAGCAAAAGAGCGUUCGCUUGGUCGAGGAGCUCGAGGAGCAAAUUACCAACAGCUUUGACCAACACCACAAUCGUCUGUCGGUAAUCCAGCAGGAGCGUGACCAGGCUCUCGAAGACGCCAAGGCUCGAAUUGUCGUCCUUGAGGGCGACAUCGAGACCUAUCAAAUGCGCAUUGAGCAGCUUGACCUUCAGCUCAAGAACACUCAUCCGCAGCCUCUCUUCCCUCCCCCCCCACCCGCCAUUCCCCUUCCUCCUCUCCCAACCAUCGCCUCCAAUGGCAGCGUUUCUCCUCCCAGCUCUCGCCAUGCUAGUAAGGAGUUGGUCAAUGCCCAGCUUGUCGAAGACCAGGAAGCUCGCAUCCGUACUAUCGAGAAGCACUUGUAUGCCGAGAAACAGCUGACUGCUACUCUCGAAGAGGCACUGGGUGACCUCGAGGCCCAGAGCAGCAAGGUCAAGACCGACUGCGAAGGCUGGAAGAAGAAGGCCUGGGGUCUGGAAGAUGAACUAUCUACCCUCCGCAAGGAGCGCAACUCUGCCCGUCUUUCUCUGCAAGCCGUAGAGGAAGAGCGAAGUGCCCGCAAGGAAGCCGAAGCUGCCCGAGCUCAGCUGGAGGAACGAAUGAACGCCCUGAACAAGAAAAAGAAGAAGAGCACCCUGAACUGCUUCUAA